AUGCACGCCACAAUUCACCUCUGCCUAGCCGCCCUCAUCGUCCUCCUCAGCUGCAGCUCGCCGCUGUUGGAGGGCCAGGCAGCUGGGAACUACGCCGUGGAGACGGCUCACCGCCGCUUCGAGUACAAGUACUCCUUCAAGGGCCCCUACCUGGCGCAGAAGGACGGCACGGUGCCCUUCUGGGAGUACUCCGGGGCGUCCAUCGCCAGCGAGGAGAUGGUCCGCAUCACGCCCUCGCUGCGCUCGAAGAAGGGCCAAAUCUGGACCCGCGCCAAGACCACCUUCAACUGGUGGGAGGUGGAGCUGAUGUUCCGCGUCAACGGCAAGGGCCGCAUCGGCGCCGACGGCCUCGCCUUCUGGUACACCGACGUCAAGUACCCGGAGGGGCCGGUCUUCGGCUCAGCGGACCACUGGCAGGGCCUCGCCCUCUUCUUCGACUCCUUCGACAACGACAACAAGGGCAACAACCCCUACGUGAUGGCGAUGGUCAAUGACGGCACGAAGAGCUACGACCACAACACCGACGGCAUCAACCAGCAGCUGCAGGGCUGCCUGCGCGACUUUCGCAACAAACCGUUCCCCGUCCGCGCCAAGAUCGAGUACUACAAGAACGUGCUGACGGUGAUGUUCCACAGCGGCAACACCAACAACGAGCACGACUACGAGCUGUGUCUGCGCGCGGAGAACGUCUUCCUCCCGCCCUUUGGCCACUUUGGCAUCAGUGCGGCGACUGGUGGCCUCGCCGACGACCACGACGUCCUCAAGUUCCUCACCUACAGCCUGGUGCCGCAGUCGCAGGUGCAAGCAGCUGCCGGCACCGGAGGCCUCUCUGACGCCGACAAGCAGCGCUUCAGCGCCGAGUACGAGCAGUACAAGACGAAGUUGGAACGGCAACGAGAUGACUACCUCAAGGCUCAUCCGGAUGAGGCAAAGCGCCUGGAGCUCGAGUCGGACAAGGCGGCGGAGUCGGAGUUUGACUUCUCCGUGCGGGAGCUGCAGCAGAUCUACCAGGGCCAAAGUGAGGUCUUCGACAAUGUGAAGGCGAUGCACCACAAGUUGGACGAGAUUAUCGGUCGGCAGGAGCGGGCGUUGUCGCUGAUCACCAGCAUUCAGGCGAUGGGCGGCGGCGGUACGGCGGCUCACGGCGGAGGAGGUAAGUGA